GUUUGAGUUUAACUGCGGCGUCCUAACGUUACCUAACAGUUAGCCGAAGUGUUAGCCUGGUUGUAAUCCAGGCUAGCAUUAGCUACGUGAACGUUACACAAUAUAAGAUUGGUAUCUCCCUACGACAGCCAACAAAACAGUGGGUUCGGGCUCCUGAUGAAGGUGUGUAGGUAAUACUUUGAGAGCCUGGUAAGACGCCAUGUCUGAAGAGGCGAUUUCAGAAAGUGACCUGGAGCCCAGCCUUAACAGUGAAGAGGAGUAUUUGGAAAAUGAGGAAGAGGAGGACAUUGAGGACAUGGAGGAAGAUGAGGAUGAAAAUGAUGGAGACGACGAAGAUGAUAGUGUUGAACGACCCGGGAGUACUGAAACAGCUCAGGAUGGCAGGGAUUCCGCUUCAGCUACCUCCGGAGAGCCAUCCUCAGAGCCUCCGUCUCAGCCUGCGUCCCGUCCAUCCUCCAGACCUGCCUCCCGCUCCCAGCCUCCAACGAGCCCGGAAAACUCGAGCCAGAGCAAGCCACUCUCUAGCAAAACAAAGAAACAAAAAGCCUCCAAAUUAACCAAAUCCUCAAAGUCUUCAAAAGGCUCCAAACCUUCAAAGCCAUCUAAGCCUGCACACAUGAGGAAGAAUAUCAGAAAACUGCUGAAAGAGGAUCAGCUGGAGGCUGGGACUAAGGCUGCUCAACAGGAGGAGAUGGAGAGGCGAAAACGUCUGGAGCAGCAGAGGAAGGACUUCCCUACGCCAGCCCCAACUGUCCCAGACUCACAGCUAGUGGACACUGCUUCACUUUUGGGAGAAGUAUCUCACUUGGUCCCUGCUCUCCUGAGCAAGCAGGAUGUGAUCUGUCUGGACAGCAGUGCAGAUGAAGAGGAAAAAGUGGACCCCACACUGCCGGAACAUGCCAUUAGAGAUGAUGUAAUCGAGCUCAGUUCUGGGGACGAGGACGCCCUGCAGAUAAGCAGUGAGUCGGCCGACGAGGAUGCUGAUGGUGCCACCGGCUCAGAUGAGAGCAGCGGGGCACACAUCAACGACGCUCUGAAUCUGCCUGAUGCCCAGGGUCGAGUGCUGGUUAAUAUAAAUCACCCCGCAGAGGAGAAAGACAUUUACCUCGCUCCACAGCUGGCCAGGGCCGUCAAACCUCACCAGAUCGGGGGAAUCCGGUUUCUCUAUGAUAACCUCAUCGAGUCUCUGGAGCGGUAUAAGACCAGCAGUGGCUUUGGCUGCAUCCUCGCUCACAGCAUGGGGUUGGGCAAGACUCUGCAGGUCAUCUCCUUCAUUGACAUCCUACUGAAGAAUACUGAGGCUCACACUGUGCUGGCCAUUGUUCCUGUGAACACACUUCAGAACUGGCUGACGGAGUUUAACCUCUGGCUCCCACCCCAAGAGUCCCUCUCCCCAGACACUGACCCUGCACUCCUCACAGGCCGCCAGUUCAAAGUUCACAUCCUCAAUGACGAGCACAAAACAACGCUGGCCCGGGCCAAAGUUGUAGAUGAGUGGUCCAGAGAUGGAGGGGUGUUGCUGAUGGGUUAUGAGAUGUACCGCCUGCUGUCCAUGAAGAAGAGUUUUGUGAUGGGCAAGAAGAGGAAAUCGAAGAAGGCCGCGGGGCCAAUCAUCAUUGACCUGGAUGAAGAAGAUAGACAGCAGGAACUCAUGAAAGGUAUUGAAAGGGCCAUCGCGCGGCCUGGCCCAGAUGUGGUGAUAUGUGACGAGGGUCAUCGCAUUAAGAACUACCAUGCCAGCACAUCACAGGCUCUGAAGAACAUCCGCUCCCGGCGCAGAGUAGUCCUGACAGGUUACCCGUUGCAGAACAACCUCAUCGAGUACUGGUGCAUGGUGGACUUUGUUAGACCCGACUUUUUAGGCACGCGUCAGGAGUUCAGCAACAUGUUUGAGCGGCCCAUUCUGAACGGACAGUGCGUGGACAGCACGCCUCAAGAUGUCCGCUUGAUGCGCUACCGCAGCCACGUGCUGCACAGCCUGCUGGAGGGUUUUGUCCAGAGACGUGGUCACGAUGUGCUGCGAGACCAGCUUCCCUCCAAGGAGGAGCAUGUGAUCCUGGUGCGGCUCUCUCCCGUUCAGAGGGCGCUGUAUACCGAGUUCAUGAAACGCUUUAGAGAAGCAGGGAACAGUGGCUGGCUCGGUCUAAACCCACUCAAGGCCUUCUGUGUAUGCUGCAAGAUCUGGAAUCACCCAGACGUCCUCUAUGAAGCCCUGCAAAAGGAGAAUCAGGCCAACGAGCAGGACCUGGACCUGGACGACAUUACUUCGGCUAGUAACCCCCGCUGCCUCAAAGCCAAAGUAGCCGACUCGAGCAACAGCAAAGUCAACAACACUCUGCCACCACUCAAUCCCUCUCAGGAUAGAGCCAAUCAAGUCAUCACAUAUGAAUGGGCAAAGGACAUAAUGUCAAACUACCACACAGGAGUUCUGGAGAACUCUGCCAAGAUGGUUCUGCUUUUCCAUUUGAUUGAUGAGAGUGUGAGAAGAAAAGACAAGAUUUUGGUCUUCAGUCAAAGUUUGUCCACCCUGAGUGUCAUUGAGGACUUCUUAUCAAAGAGACCCAUGCCAGCAGGCAUCGCCUCCUCUGACGCCCAGAGCCAAAACUGGGUUCGCAACCUCAACUACUACAGACUGGAUGGGAGUACAUCUGCCUCAGAAAGAGAGCGACUGAUCAAUCAGUUUAAUGACCCAGAGAACAACACAACAUGGGUCUUCCUACUUUCUACAAGAGCGGGCUGCUUGGGGGUUAAUAUGAUCGGGGCCAACCGCGUUGUUGUGUUUGAUGCCUCCUGGAACCCAUGCCACGAUGCCCAAGCGGUGUGUAGGGUGUACCGCUAUGGUCAGAAGAAACCCUGCUACAUUUACCGCCUUGUCUGUGAUUUCACCUUGGAGAAGAAGAUAUACGACAGACAAGUCUCCAAACAGGGCAUGUCUGACCGUGUGGUGGAUGACCUGAACCCAGUGCUGAACUUCACUCGUAAGGAAGUGGAGUCGUUGCUGCAUUUUGUGGAAGAGGAACCUGACCAAAUCUCCCUGUCAUCCCGGGAGGACUUUGAAGCAGUGAUGUACCAAGCAUGUCAUCUUUACCCACACCUCAUCACCAAGCAACCUUUCCCUCACGAGUCUCUGCUGGUGGACCGCAAGGAGUCAAAACUGACCAAAGCAGAGAAGAGAGCAGCUAAGAAGAGCUACGAGGAUGAGAAACGAGCCUCUGUCCCCUACUCUCGCCCAUCGUACGCCCCCUAUUACCCAACCAACGAUCAGUCGCUCACAAACAUACCAGCCUUUAACCAACGCGGCUGGCGUCCCACGGCAAGACCAGACGAUAAGCCUGUGGCAAGCGUCAGGCCAAUCCAGUCGACCCCAGUUCCCAUGAUGCCUCGCCAGGUGGGCAUGGGCAUGGCUGGCUCCAGCUCUGCUGGCAGCCUGCCUGUCAACUUCCUGCAGAAAGCUGGAGUGUAUGUGCAGAGGAUCGUCACCACAACUGAUAUUGUAAUCCCAGGAGCCAACAGCUCAACAGAUGUUCAAGCUCGCAUUACUGCAGGAGAGAGCAUCCAUGUUAUCAGAGGAUCUAAAGGUACCUACAUUAGGACGAAUGAUGGAAGAAUUUUUGCCAUUCGAUCUGGGAAGAUCAGCAGACCAGCAGGCGGGGGGUCAGCUGCUUCAAGAGACACCCAGAGUUCCCUGAUCCAUCCAGUUAGUAAUGGCUGUUCAUCCCCUGUGGACCAACAGCAGCAAUCCCCCAAUGGGCAGCAGCGGCCCUCCUCUCCCUUAAGCUCUGAGAUUCUCAGAGAGAUCAGCCGCUACACGACAUCCACAGGUGAUGCCUCCACUGGGGUGGGGAAUGAAUUGCAGUCACCGUCAGACGUGUCGGCUGCAACAGCAGGGGAUGGAGGCAGUUUGCAGAACAAUCAGACUGGUGAUCUCGGCAGGCAGGUCGGUGAUGACCUGCUGAGCUCUGCUUUAGAGAUGCGUGCCAGCAAACGCAGGAGUACUGAAAGCGAGGGCAACACACAAAUAGGAAGCAAACGCACAUCUGCUGCAACACAUUUUGCUGGACUGUCCAUGGGCUCCAGUGGCCUCAGCUUUCCUCCCGUGGGUCUGAACUCCUCCUCCUUGCUGGGGAACCUUAGUCACAUGAGUCAUCCACUUCUGAUGGGUGGUAGUGGUGGAUCGUCAUUCCGUCAGACACCAGGACAAACACUGGCUGACCUACAGACAAUGUUCCCCUCUGCAAGUUCGGACCUACUGAGACAGUCUGCCACAGGGAACGGACACCUUCCCGUUCCCUCCUCGUCCUCUUUGCCCACUGUUUUCUCCUCGGCGUCCACCACCAUUCCUAUGUCAUCUACACCCUCGGCAGCAACUUCUUCCUCCCUGGCGUCAGGUUCUCUGCCUCCGUACUUGAUGAAUCCCAACAUGUCUGGCUUGCUUUCGUCAGGCUUCCCUCUCAACUACAGUCAGUCGCUGCUCCCUGAGCCGAGAAUGUUCCCCUCCCCUCUCCUCUCCCGGUCUGGAGGAUUCUCUGCGCCUAACUCCAGCUCUGCUACAUCCAGUUUCCUCUCCCAUUUCAACAACCCAACUUCCAGCCUGCUGGGUGCAGCUCUAACCCAGCCGGACAGACAUCAGAGUAAGGAGAAUGGCAGCAGCAGUUCUGAUGACGACGUUAUAGAGGUGACAGGACAGUAGAGACUCCUGAAGAGGCAUUUUCACACGCAAUUUUAUCAAUCAUGGUUAACAAAGUACAUUAGGGAUGGGAAUGAUUAAACAAACUAAAGAAAUUCUUUUAUAUUAUCUGCCUUAACCUCUAAAUUGAUGAUUGAUGGUAAAAUGCAUUGUUAUAUUCUGAAUGUGUAAACGCAUCAGAGUACAAGGGCGGUCAAGAGGUGGAAAAGGGGAAUUUCUACAAUGAGUAAAAAAACUAACUUUUCAGGAACUAAAAAUUUAUGUUUAUCCUGGACACAUACAAUGUUAGAAAAGAUUGUGAAGUUCAAAUCACGUCAGAGGGGGGCCAAAAAAAGAACAUUCCCAUUCCUAAUGGUCUCAUUAAACGACUAACACACACACACACACACACACACACACACACACACAGACUCUCACCUGCAAAUGAGAGAAUCAACUUGUACCUUAAUGACUUAACGAAGUCAGAGUAAAAAUCCUUAUGCUGAAUAUCCCAGACUUGUUCAGCUGGAGCAUCAGAGCAGUGGGAACAGGCCUUUGUCGUACGGGGACCAGCUGAAUCUUUCGGGGUGGCGCUUUUUGAGCACAGCCUCUCCUGCUACACUUUUAAGCAAGGCCUCGCUGGGCUGUUACUUUAAUUUCCUCUGAAUUCAGGUGGAAUAAUGUGAUGAAAACCUGUUUGAUUGUCUCAUGACUUAUUGCUGUGAAACAGUCAAGGGCAAAGCAAAAUUUGACUUGCUGUUACACGUGUCAGCCGUACUCACGCGCUGAACACUAACUUACUCAUUUUUCUUCAGCACAGUUUCCUUGUUCUAGUAAACAAAACUGGAAAGCUACAUACUACACAAUAACAGCGGCUACAGAAUGUGGCGUUAAUAUUUCCUCAAAAUCCAGUUCACAAUAUAUUUAGAGAAAAUCCUUCAAGUCUUACCUUUAUCAACAAAUUUUAGGCUUUCGGAGCAUAUUUUAAUCUUUAGCAAUUUGAUAGACAUUGUAGCAUCCCCUGUUGAAAGGAUAUUAUGUGUGAUACUAUAACUGAACAUGUUGAUACUUUGUAAAUAGCAGUCAUUAUCAUUGUUUAUAUUACAAGUCAAUACUGUGCAGUGUGUAGAUUUUGGUUGUAGGGAGACGGUUCAUUAACACAGUGACUAUCAUGACAAUGAAUACACCCUAGCAUUUAUGCUUGGGGAAACAAAUUUACGUUUAACUUUAUAAUUGACUGUUUUUUCCCCCCUUUCCUUUAAAACAAAAAUGAAUGUACUUUCAUGUUAGCCUUUGAUAACACAGGGGCUGGGACAAGGAUUCGGACUGUGUUCUUUCAUUUUUAGCCUUAAAUAACACAAAGGAGUCUUGAGUCUUAGCAUUUAUCAUAGUACGUCCUUUUUACAAAUCUGUUAGAAGAACUACUGAGCAUUCAGACAGUCGGUGUCGAACUAAAGAAAAAAACUGUGUGGGGCAGAUUGAGCACAGUGACUAAAAGCACCAAGCGUGAAUGCCAAAAAGGAGCGCAAACCAAGGUUUAAUGUUGCUAGCACGUUCGUUAAAGCUGGUCACCUGUCUUCUUUUGCAGUUUUAACUAUAGCGUCCCCACCAUCUGUUGAUACGUCAUCCCUCAGUCAGCCUACACCCAACAUGUAGUUUCUUUUGGAUUAUUUACAGAUCCUUGCUGAGAACAAAUAUUACCUAAACUGUAGAAAACAUUGCAUUCAUGCAGCCUCGGUGUAUAAAAACCUGAAGUCAAUGUAGCCCCCAACCAUCAAGCCAGAUCACAUUUCAUUACAACCACCUGUGACUGUGACAGAGCCAGGUCAGGUGGUGUGGUGGCCUUACCGAACUGACAGUGCCGUUAGGUGGUAGCUUUUCACAGAGGUGUCUCUUUAAAAGCAGUGCAGUGUAAGUAGCUUCUGUGAGUAGUGUCAGUCAGUGUAGGUCUGCGGCGCUUUAGGGAGUUUAGGUCUUUGCUGUUCUCUGUAGCCUUGUCUUUCUGUGUUGUGAUGACACCUCAAGGUAUGUAGAUUUAGGAAAUUCCCUUUCCUCCGUUGGUAAAAUAGGCCGGACGCCGUGGUUUUUAGCCUUUAGAAAACACUGGAUAACCUGAAACAGCAGGUCACUUCCUAUGACGUUCCUCCCCCCCACCCCUUUUUUUUUUUUUUUUUUUUUUUGGAGAUGUUAUGUUGUAGGGACCUUUUGCUCCCACAGUCUGAGUACUGUUCACUUUUGGUUAUUUUUGCUACUGGCUCCUUCCCUGUUGUUCUGGAUGCUUCAUUUCUAUCAUCAAGGACAACUCAAGUUUUUUUCUCAUUUCUUGGGGACUUGUGGUGGUUUCAGAUUGGAGCUGGCACUUGGAAAAAGGAUCAUAUCUGCUUGCGAACUGUGCAAGGUACAUCAUACUGACGCCAUGUCUUUAUUCUCAGUCUUCUCAAGCCAUUGGAAACACUGCAUUUGAAUCUUGGGAAUCAUCCAUUUAUAAAACAAAACCUGUCAUCCAUUUCUCGUCAGUUAUUUGCAUUUUUAUGUUUCAUGGGAAUAUUAAAUUUUUUUAAAAAUGCUUUUUUAUAACUUCUUACUGGCAUCCACUCACCUGGCAGUUUCCCUUAUUUCAGUGUAAGUGUCUGAAAUGUAUUUAUUUAUGAUGGAAGAUAUAUUGUUUUUUUUUUUUUGUAAUUACGUUUUUUAACCUUUUGUUCACUUUGACCCAUUGACGGCUGAUCCAGUAAGAAUUUCGUACAUGCAGCCAAGAUCGAAGCAGAAUAUGACUGUGUUAUCAAUGUUAUUUUAACAAUAAAACACUCCUCCAUUGCA